AUGGGUAUUGAAUCCCUUCCUUCUCAAGUUCCCCAGAACUGGAGAUCUGCUGCGGUUAUGAGUACGACCUGGCUUGAAGUUAUCUCUUCAACAACCAAGCACCUUAUACCUAACCGACUCUUCUUCUCGGGAUCUGACUCCCUGAGAGAGCCUCGCGCCAGGCUAAGGCAGCUUUGUCGAAGACCUGUGAAGAUAAUCGAAAAAUCUCCGUCCUUCGAGUCCUAUAACGAGAGAUAUUACUACGUUCAAUCCGCCCACACAAGGCGAGACACGCCACUCGAUCGAAAAAGGGCUUCAAGAAACCAAAAUGCGUCCCUGUCGGGAGUGGAGUACUUUUACGAGUCUUCACAUGACUCUUCCUCAGCGGCUCGCAAGAAAAAUUGGUUGGCCACCAUCGCGGUGGAGACUUCCCAUCCAUCCAGCAUGCGAUUGGUAAAUCAGGAGUUUGAAGCAUGCAUUCCCGAAUAUCUUUUCAAAUACGUGGUGAUGCUUUCGUGGAGCUGUGCUUAA